UCGUGUUAGUGACAUCACAGUGAUCUCGACGCUGAUUGGCUGAGACGGAACUCGAACCUCAUUCAAGGGAGACUGGACCCAAAUCAAACGAGCGCCCUUGAAGGAAAUCUCCGGCAGGACAAGGGACUUCAGGUUCCAAGGACGAGUAACAGAGAGGGGGCGAGACUUCUGAAAACAAAAAAAAAACAACAAAAACAGACAGCCAUGCCGCAGCAGGUCUCCCCCUACGCGAUCCUGGAGGGGCAGUACGAGCUCCAUGAGACCAUAGGCUCAGGAGGGUUUGCGAAAGUGAAGGUGGCGACGCACAUCCUCAGCGGGGAGAAGGUGGCCAUCAAGAUCAUGGACAAACGGCAGCUUGGGGAUGAUCUUCCUCGCAUUUACCUAGAGAUCGAAGCCAUGAAACAGCUGAGCCACCAGCAUGUGUGUAAACUCUACCAGGUAUUAGAAACAGAGACAAAAAUAUUUAUGGUGCUAGAAUACUGCCCAGGUGGAGAGCUUUUUGAUUACAUAGUGGAGAGAGACAGACUAGAGGAGGAUGAGGCUAGGCUAUUUUUCAGACAAAUUGCAUCAGCUGUUGCUUACAUUCACAGCAUGGGGUAUGCACACAGAGAUCUGAAGCCAGAAAACCUAUUGCUGGAUGAUGACCAGCAAUUAAAACUCAUUGACUUUGGGUUGUGUGCCAAUCCUGCUGGUGGCAUGGACCAAAGACUGGCCACCUGUUGUGGCUCCCCUGCUUAUGCGGCACCAGAGCUAGUAUCAGGCCACCAGUACCUUGGUUCUGAAGCUGAUAUAUGGAGUAUGGGGGUCCUGUUGUAUGCUCUACUCUGUGGUUUUCUCCCCUUUGAUGAUGAGAACUUGGGUUCUCUUUACAGAAAAAUUCAGGCUGGUGUGUAUGAGAAACCAGAGUGGCUGAGUGCAGGCAGUCGAGACUUCCUGGUCACCAUGCUCCAGGUGGAUCCCAAGAGAAGAAUCACAAUCACACAGCUCCUCAAUCACCCUUGGAUUGUGUUGGGACAGCCUCAUGGUGUAGAUGCCACCUCCAAGUACAAGGAUCCUGAGACUUGUGGCGUGGACGAGGACGUGAUCACAGAAAUCGCCGUCCACCAGGGCAAAUCGCGAGUGGCUGUGAGACAGGCUGUGUGCCGGUGGUCCUACGACUACCUUACAGCCACCUACUUCCUCCUGGUGACGCAGAAGAUGAAGGGCAAACCCAUCCGCUUGAUCCAGAAGGUCACGCCUCUUGGGGAGAUCCCUUCGCAGAGAACACCCGCACGGUGCCUGAUGGAGCAGCUGAACAAAGAGAAGCCAGUCGACGUGCCUUGUGGAAUGCCCAAUAGCCUCGGAAAUUCUCCCCGCGGCCUCCAUACGUCCCUGGAAGGAGGCUUAGAUGACAUCGAUCUCUUGUCCAUUUGCAAAGUCACGCCCAUUGAUCAGCUCGUGGAUAAAGUCGUUGGUAAGACCACCAACCCGGAAAUAGAACUCACGCCCCUUGUGUCGCCCAAGAAACGCCGACCUCCCUCGGUGGGCGACGACGACAAGGAGAACUUCGCCCAGCCGCGCGUGCCCACCCCGGGCUACAAGUCCAGGAAGAAGGCCACCCCGUCAACACCCCUUCCAGGAAAGCUGUCGCCUUCGAGAUCUGUUGACAGUGGACUUAAUGAGUUCGCAACGCCUCACAAAACAAGGUACCUGGGUUCCAACGACGAGUGGGGGAGGACGCCCGACCGCACGCCACGCUCCUCCCGGAAGGUCUUCGGGAGCAUCGAGAAGAGUUUGGACAAGAUGAGAAACAUGCUCACGCCCCGCAGGAGGAUCAACUCCGACCAAGGACCCGCGACGGUGGAGAGCAAGUUAUUGCUGACUCCAGCCCCCGAGCCUCAGGCAAAAACCGACCUUCAGACCAAGGCUGAGAUGCCCCUAGCCCCCUUAGCCCCCCCUAGCCCCCCCUCCCUCCUGCUGCUCUCUGUCCUCACAACCGCAGUCGUAAUGGCCUUACUAUACACGCUGCGAGGCAAGGUACGGGACGACGUCGGCGGCGCCAAGCUGAGCUUCGAGCUGGAGGUGUGCCGCGUGCCCCGCCUCGACGUGGUGGGCAUCCGGCGCAAGCGACUCAAGGGCGACGCCUGGAUCUACAAGCGGGUGUGCGAGGAGGUCCUCCGGCUGGCGCAGGGUUCCACCUCCAAUCCCGCCUCGUCCUCCAACCCCAACUCGGCUUCCAAUACCCCUGCGACCCCCGCGCCUCCCUUGCCUUACAACGAGAAGGUCGUGGCGUGACCUGGCGGGGGCGGCGUCGGGUGGGGGGGAGGGCGAGGGCGAGGGCAUGGGCGAAGGUCACUGGGAGUCGCGGCGACCUGACCCGGGGGCCGAGAGGAAGGAGGAGUGUGCCUGCGUGUGUGUUUGUGACUUGGCGGAAAGCGAGAGAGAAGAGAAGAGGAGGAAGCUAAAGGUCUCGUGAGAAGGUGUUUGUCCUGCGACUGUCUUUAUUAAUUUUUUUUUAUUACUGUUGCGGAGAAAGAAGACUUUCGGAAGGGAUGCGGCGAAAUGGCUUUUUUUUCCACAUGUAUAUAUACAUACGAUGCUUCUCGUGGCGUCGUAACUGUGCUCAAGGUAGCUAGGUUGUACCCAGUGUUGAGGAAGAGAGCGGGAGAGACGAAGACGAGAAGGACGACGACGAAGAGAGCGGGAGAGACGAAGACGAAGAUAAAAGGAAGAGAAGGAAGGCGAAAGGACGACGUAGAAGAAUAAGGCGAAAGGAGGAGAAGGACAACAAAGGUUACGAAGACAAGAGGAAGAGGAGGAGGAAGGGACGAGGAGGACACCAUCGUCCCGCUUGUCCGAAUCCGUCCCGCAAGCGAAGGAAGGAAGUCCCCGUCUCAAGGUCGACCUUAAAGCUACCCUGGAACCGAAGUCUUGCCCAAGAAGGUCUCUCGAUGGACCAGCUACUCCGUCCUCGGUCUCAUUUGAGGUCUCUGUUUUCUCUCGGGUCUCUCUUUCUCUCCCUUUAAAAUAUUAUCUCUGGCCUCUCGUCUCGCAGGUUGAGGAGAAUGGAAUGGGAUGCGGAGGGGAAAAGGAGUGAACAGAGAGUAGAGAGAUAAGAGAAGCUGAUAGCCCUUAAGGAAAACGGAAGGAGGGAAAGAGAGGGAAGAGGGAUAGAGCCAAAGAAAGAGAGAGAGACAGAAAAGGUCUCGACACAAGGCAAUAAUAAUGAAAGGUGUGAUAACCCCCCCAUCCCCUCCCCUCCCCUUCCUUUCCCUUCCCAUAUCUCUCCCUCCCCCCACCAUCCCCUUCACUGCCAUUCUCGCAAUUUUUUUUUUAUCUGCAAUGAAAAACUGACGGUAAAAAAGGGGCCAAAAAAAACAACAAAAAACAGACCACAGAGAAUUAAUUUUGGUUUGUGAGUGUCUCUGCUACUUCAUGUAAUUUUGACUAUCUCUGUUUUUUUUUGUAUAUCUUUCCUUGUUUUGUUUUGCUUUCUAAUUUGUCUUAGUUAAUCUGUAAUCUACAACCUUCUAUCAUUUUUAUGAUCAUUAUUAUUAUUAUUAUUAUUAUUAAGGGUUUUUAAGUUAUUCCUGCGAUUCCUGUAAUAUUAUAUAGAUUUAUAUAUAUAAAUGCAAAUAUGUAUGCUAGUGAUUGCCCAUUCCUCGUCGUAACUCCUUAGAGGGAAGUGACGUCACAAACCGACGUCACGAGUCAAGAUGGAGACCGACAGAGAGGAAAGAAAACGCACAGAUUCUGCUCACACUUGUAAUAUCACGUUCACCAAGACUUCUGGUCAGCUGUUUUCGUGGACAGAUGCUUAGGCCUAUAUUUGUAUAUACAGGUGGACCAGAUGCACAUUUUAUUAUUAUUGCUGCUACUUGUGAUCCUUUGUCAUUCUCAUUGUUUUACUUGUUUAUCAUUAUCAUUUACCAUACUUCUUCGAUACUACCAUUAUUAUUACUCUUUUGUUAUUAUUAUUAUUAUUAUCAUUAUUAUUAUUAUUAUUAUUAUUAUUAUUAUUAUUAUGAUUAUUAUUAUAUAUUUUUUCUCAAUAUCACUGGAGUCGAAUAUGGAUAUUUAUGACGGGUGUCUUUACUACUAAUACUUUAAUUGAUAGAAAAGUGAAUAUAUUCUUAUAUUAUCCUUCAUAAUUAUAGAAAAAAAUGUACUUACUAACUCGUGUGUGGGUGCCAAGGAUGUAUUUUAUCAUUAUUAAUAAUGAACAUUAUGAGUGUGUUAUCCCAGAGGCACUGGUCAUGUGCAUUGUCCAGUCCAUACAGUGCCAAAUAUGGCGAUUGCGAAUUUCUCUCCUCCUCCUCCUCCUUUUUAGAUAUUCAUUUUAUUCAGACAUCAACCACGUGUUCUUCAUUAUUUUUAGACCUCCGUAAUCUAAUUUAGUUUGAUAUCCAUUCAGGACUGUUUUAAAUCACAGGGUUCAUUACGAUCCCUAGCAAUCAGACGACCUUACAAUCUGUAUCAUAGAAUGCUUUUUUUUCUCUAUUUUACCAAUUUAUUUAGCAAGUCUCUUUUUUUUUUUGUCGUGAGAUCUUGUUUCAAAUGGAAGAGUUACUCACAUACAAAUUAAUUUGUUUACCAGUCAUGUAUAUCAUUUCCCAAUAAAUAGUUUUAUAAUAA